CUGGAUCACCCCCUUUCAGGACAAUCUACUCAUCGACCUUGUGCUGCUCGUAAUCUUGGCAAGGACCGCGUGGUCUGUGUAUGCAACAGCACAUACUGUGACGAUAUAGAACCCGUUGGAGACCUUCGACUAGGGCAAGCAGUGCUGUACUAUUCACAUCAAAAUGAUAGCCGGUUGGUCAGGUCUAAUCUGCGACAGACUGCCAACCGAGCAGUGAACAGCAGCCUUCUCACCUUGGAUUCCCGAACGACUUACCAGAAAAUGUUGGGAUUUGGUGGAGCGUUCACUGAUGCAGUCGGCAUAGUGCUGCAAACGUUACCCAAGCCGAUGCAAGACGCUAUAUUGGAAGGAUACUAUGGCUCCAGCGGUCUACAGUACACCAUUGGACGAGUGCCAAUUGCUAGUACAGAUUUCUCCACACACGAGUACAGCUAUGCUGACACACCGAAUGAUUUCUCCCUCAAAAACUUCUCCCUAACUAUCGAAGACUGGGAGUACAAGGUUCAAGAUUAUUGA